AUGAAGAUGGUCAAAUGGUUCAUAAUGUUGGUGUUUAUAGGCUACCUUUUCCUAUGGGUGAUCACACCAACCUAUGUCUUUAAGCAAACAUGGCUCGUUCGGGUUCGAGCCCAUACAAAAACCACUUACUUUGGAACUCAAGGUCCAACGAUGUCGCUCUACACGUUGCCCGUUUUAUUCAUGGCCGUCGUAGGGGCUGUAUAUCUCCAUUUACGGAAGAAGGCGAACGGGAAUCGUGACGAAGGAGAAAAAGAAGCUACCAACGAUAACUUGAAUAUAUGGAGAAGGCCAAUGAUCAUCAAAGGUCUCGGGAUCGUAACGAAGAUCGAGAUCGCUUUCUUUUUCAUGUUUAUCGUUCUACUUGUCUGGUCGUUCGUGACGUACGUACAUCUUAGUUUUGCCAAAAUUACCCCUCAGUCGGCAGCGUUAUACGGAGAGACAGUUUGGGAGUCAAAGUUGGCUUCAGUGGCACUACAAUUCGGGCUAGUUGGUAAUAUAUGUUUAGCGUUUCUGUUCUUCCCAGUGACUCGUGGCUCGUCUAUAUUGCCGUUGUUCGGGCUGACUUCCGAAGCCAGCAUCAAGUAUCACAUAUGGCUUGGGCAUAUCGUUAUGACCCUCUUCACUUCUCACGGCGUCUGUUACGUGAUCUUAUGGAUCAUAACGAAACAGACAUCAGAGAUGCUGAAAUGGGCGAAAAUCGACAUAUCGGUUGUAGCUGGAGAGAUAUCAUUGGUGGCGGGAUUAAUUAUGUGGGCAACGACGUUUCCUAGGAUUAGACGAAAGAUGUUUGAGGUUUUCUUCUACGCUCACCACUUCUACGUCAUCUUCGUCAUCUUCUUCGUGUUUCAUGUCGGCAUAUCUUACGCCUCGAUGAUGCUUCCCGGUUUCUUCCUCUUCUUGAUCGAUCGGUUUUUGCGAUUCCUGCAAUCAAGGAGAAACAUCCGUCUGAUUUCUAGUCGUGUUCUUCCAUGUGAAACUCUCGAGCUCAGCUUCGCCAAAAGCCAAGGUUUGAAUUACACUCCGACGAGCAUCAUAUUCGUCAAUAUCCCGAGCAUUUCAAAGGCUCAAUGGCAUCCAUUCACAAUUACUUCAAGUAGCAAUUUGGAGAAUGAGAAGCUAAGUGUUAUGAUCAAAGGUGAAGGAACUUGGUCUAAGAAGCUCUACCGAACGCUAUCGUCCUCAAACCCGAUUGAUCAACUCGAUAUCUCCGUUGAAGGACCUUACGGACCCGUCUCGACAAAUUUCCUGAGGCACGAUAUGUUGGUGAUGGUGAGCGGAGGAAGUGGGAUAACGCCGUUCAUCUCGAUCUUCAGAGAGCUCGUUUUCACCACCGAGAUCCUCAAAUCGAAAGCUCCGAAAAUUCUCUUGAUAAGCGCGUUCAAAGACUCUUCUGAUCUAACGAUGCUAGAAUUGCUCUUACCGACAUCUGGUUCACCUAUAGAGUUUUCGAAACUUGAGCUACAAAUCGAGGCCUACGUGACAAGAGAGAACGGAACCACGACCAACGAUAAGAAACCCGUGAGGACCAUUUGGCUCAAACCAAAAUCCUCUGAUGGGCCGAUAACGCCAAUUUUAGGACCGAACGGAUGGUUAUGGCUCGCCGCAAUUAUUUCAUGUUCUUUCGUGGUUUUCCUUCUAUCCAUGGGACUUGUAACGAGAUUCUACAUCUACCCGAUUGAUAAAAACACGUACGAUGUGUACUCGUAUGGAUCUAGGGGUGCGUUGAAUAUGUUGCUCAUUUGUGUCUCGAUAAUGGUGACGUGUAGUGCGGGUUUUUGGUGGAACAAGAAUAAAAGCGCGAUGGAAUCAACGCAAAUUCAAAACACGGAUACGACACCCGUCAGCUCGCCUGGUUUAUUGUUUAACAUGGACCGAGAACUCGAAAGCCUUCCCCAACAAUCGAUCUUUCAGUCUACAAACGUACAUUUUGGUGAAAGGCCGGACCUUAAGAGAAUGUUGUUUGAGCAAAAGGAAUCAAGUGUUGGAGUUCUUGUUUGUGGGCCAAAGAAGAUGAGACAUGAAGUUGCAAACAUAUGUUCCUCAGGGUUGGCUUCAAACUUGCAUUUUGAGUCCAUAAGUUUUAGUUGGUGAUUGAGAUUUUUCAUAUACGUGUUUAAAAAGCAGUUAUUUUUCGUACUGACGACAACGAGCGUCGUUUUAAGGUUGAGGGUUUGAUUUUGUAUUUGUUUUAGGGUUUCGAGAAUGGAAAUGUGUGUUUCUUGUGUAUAAAGUGAAAAGAAUGAUUCGGGUAUUUCCCCUUUUGUUUGUAAACUUGAAACGUAUAAAUAAAUGGUUCUUUUUAUGG